AUGUUUACUACUGUGAGUGACGUGGUGGCGGCAGGGACCAGGGACGUCCGGAACGAUCACCGCCAAUCGCUCGCUAUAUAUUGUGCACGAACUCUUCACACUCUAUGCAACAAUUCAACCAUGGGCACUCUCACCGCGGGCCUGCCCAGGCUCGAUCACUACUGCGAACACAAACUCCCUACCUCGUGCCGUUUGACCGCAAUCGGCGAAUGUUGUGCCUGCUACGAUGACCGAGCCCACGCAUCCUUCUACUCGACCUACAUUGACGGCGUUGGCUAUGUGCCGAGGGGCACCAGAUGGCAGAGAUACUGUUGGUUCUGCAAAGAGUUUUGGGAGAAUCGAGUCAACGCGUCUGGCCUCAGACCCGCUCAGACUCGCAUACCAGAAGUGCCAGACCAGAGCGAGUUCGUGGCCAGAUGGUACGAAUUCCACCAGGGAUAUCGGAUCAUCAGGAAGGAAGAUGGCUCAGAGGAGCGAGUCGCCGUGCGCGGAGAAGACCUGCGCGACGUAGAUCCCGGUGUGCUUCCCAGAACUCUGGAAGAAAUGAGAGCUGGUCGAGAACGUAGUGAGUUGGAAGAACAGGAGCGCCUGCGGAGACACCAACAGCACAAUACAAGUCAAGAGCAGAGUGCCGAUAAUGGACCAUCACUCGAUGAAGCCCUUGAUGAGAUGUAUCAAGCGGCAGAAAGCGAGGCGCGUGAAGCUGACAAUGGCGUGCCUGCAAUAACGGAAAUGUCUACACAGAGGACGCCGAGUAAUGCUACGAACAUCCACGCGCAGGCAAUGACAUCGAUCGGAUCGCGUAAUCGUGAAUACCAGGCACGCCGCAUUGCUGCGCUGCGGAGAGAACUGCACAGAAUGCGGAAUGGUAUUGAGAGAGUGACUUCCGGACUUCGCGACCUCGGCGAGGAGCUUCCUGCCUCAUCGCGACUUUCAGAGCUGCGUCGUACUCUUGACACCAUCACAGAGACGACAACGACGCAGGAACAAGUACGGCAAGCGCUGAGCGACAUUAAUGCCCUGAGAGAAACACCUGCCACCACUCAGUCCGAUCGCACCCUCUCCAACAUGCAGGCUCGCGUUGACGAAGCAAGGAACCAUGUCAACGAAUCGCGCAGAAAUCGCGACCGGGCUGCCUUGGAAUUAGAAGCAGCGGAACAAGAAUUUCGAACUUCUCAAUCUCGCCUUCGACAGCUGCAAAACGAGCAUCGCACCACUGAAAAUUACAUGAGACUAUUCGGAACGCGAGAAGAGAUGCAAGCGCAAGGAGAUGACUAUGAGAGCCCGAUCGGAGGCAUGUUCAGCCGGGCAUACGAGCGCUUCCGAGCUGCUGAGGAAGUUCGCAGGGAGGAGAGGACGCUUCGCCAGAUUCUUGAAGACGAGCAGAGAGCAGGAGGCGAAGAAGUGACGACACGGUUGGCUGAGCUUGAAAUCAGAGAUCGUGACGUUUGGGGAGUGCCCAGGUCCGACGCUGCUUCAGAGCGGCCGUUUCCUAACACCACGCUAACACAAUAUAUGUCGCCGUUCGAUUUGCAGCACGCGAACGAUAGACCUUCGACUGCGUCAACGGACCUGGCCACGCCUGACGCGCACGGUAAUCGUGAGGAGGGCAAUUCGGCCGACCGGCCUGGUGAGCAGAUCAGCGACGACUUCACCCUUGACGCCGUCUUCGUUCUCGGCCAACUGUGCUCUAGAAACGACCUCCGAAGUGAAACAUCCUCCUUAGAUCUCACUACGCUCCAGGAGCUGCUUGAUAGGGCACAGACCGGCCGCCUCACUGACCUGGACAAGCUGACUAUUGAUGGUCUUGUACAGAACCCUAGCAUUGCGUGGUGCUGUGGUUUAUCAGCGCAGAGAAAUAGUCGACGUCGGCAACGAGGUGAACAUGUCACCUUCCCUGCAGAAGUUAGCGAAAAUCGUCGUUUCGAAGACCACCUCUCGGUGAACAUGAACCACAGCCUGGAGUUGGUGGCCGAGAGCUUUCAGAUGAGCAGUCGGGUGCGCAGGGUAUCACGUCUGGCCGACUCUGACCAAAUUCGCAUGCUCAACCGACUGCAAAGUGGGCAGCGUAGGAUAAUAGACCGCGAUUUCUUUUUGUACAUGUAUGGAGACGAUGACAUUCUCGCAUCAGUCAUCCCAAUACAUCGACAACAGUACGGUUCAGAUGCUACUUCAUUGGACAGCGAGUCCCACGCCCACAUUGCGAGGCUGGAGCAUGACCGUCAGAAUGCUGCGCGACAAGGGGAUCAUUCUCGAUCGGAACUCGAUGCACGGAGAAGGGCGACUCGCACUCUUGCUCUUGCCGCAGGUAGAGCAGCCGCGCUUACAAGCCCUCAAGCACUUUUGGAGCAGAUGGCGAAUCGUGACGACGCCACGAGGGCGGCAUACGAGAGAAUGCAAGAAAAUGGGUUUCGUCCUGCGGAGACGAUGUCAACACGUCGACUCCGCCCGCUAUAUCGUGCAUUGAACCUGGACGACUUUACUGCUUCGCCAUCUGCCACUGACUCUGAAGGCGAGGAAGAGGAAGCUCUUGGACUUGACGCGAGAGAUACUGGACGUCCUGAUGAAGCACUCACGGACGAGCAGAUGACGGUCAAGUUGGAUUGUCAAGUAUGCUAUACUCAGAUGGCUGAUAUCGCAUGCAUGCCUUCGACCAGCACUCGCCGACUAUGGCGCACGACAGGACAAGGCCGAGGAGACCUGCUUCUUGCCCUAAGGUCAGAGUUUUUCGGGCUUAGAGAAUCGGGUGCCAACAUACACAACACAGUAUUUUCAAGGCCGUACGAGGGCCUACGGGGACACCGGCGAAGCUUGUACGUGGAGCUGGAUCCGAUGCUUGCAAUUGACAGGGAGUCAAUCCUCUCAUUUAGGCUUCAGCCAGAGCUGAGACGGCACUCCACCAAGGCUGAUUGA